AUGGCUCUAGGCAAACAUUUCAUAAAUGAUAUCGAUGCACCCGUUGAUAGGGCAUUGCGUGCUCAGCUAGCUCGUGAUCCUGCCUUGCGGUUACUCGAAUCAGAGAAGGAGUUGCCAGUUGUCUUCCGUCAGCAAGCACCAGAAUCACAGAAAGUCAUCCUGCUCUCUGGAGGUGGGUCGGGCCAUGAACCUGCGCACGCUGGCUACCUCGGUGAAGCCCUUGUCAUUGUGAAAAACUACACGGGAGACCGACUCAACUUCGGGCUCGCUGUCGAGAAGGCCAAGGCUGAUGGGCGCGCGGUAAAUGUGGUGGUUGUUGGUGAUGAUGUCUCUAUUGAGCACCCUGGCCUCGUUGGGCGACGUGGGCUGGCUGGUGUUGUGUUUGUCCAUAAGGUUGCCGGCGGUGCUGCUGCUAAGGGAGCAAAUCUCGCUCAAGUGACUCACCUAGCUCAGACCGCGGCCGAUUCUUUAAUCACUGUUGGGGUCAGUCUUGAUCGUUGCAGCGUCCCUCAGCGCGCAAACCAAGAGCCCCUGCCUUUCAGGGAACUAGAGUAUGGGAUGGGAAUCCACAAUGAGCCCGGCGUUCAACGCAGCACGAUCCAAACCCUCAAGGAAACCGUUUCAAUUGUCAUCCGGAUGCUCACAAGGCCGAGCUCACAGCGCUGGUAUCCUCAGCAGCGCCAGGAAAUGGCUCUCAUGGUGAACAGUCUUGGAGGCCUGAGUGUUUUGGAAUUAAACGUGAUUGCAGACGAGCUCACUAGCCAACUUCGCCAUGAGAACUUCAGUAUCAAGCGUAUCGUCUGCGGAACCUUCGUGUCCUCUUUGGAUGGACCUGGUUUUUCAGCUACUCUACUGGGCCUGAACGAAGAGAUUGACGAGCUUUUGGGUGCUCCCACAACCGCUCCGGCCUGGCCCUCCUGUUCCAAGGCUUAUUUAGACGGCCUCGAAGGCCGGAUGGUCAAGCCUAUUGCAGUGGUUGGGGAUGCAAGCUCGGCAGACCCACUUUACACAGUUUCGGGGCUUGUCGUUGAUAAGGUCAUCACCGCCGUUGGUCAGUCCAUCACUAAGACAGAGCCUCUCAUUACCCGAUAUGAUACCAUUGCCGGCGACGGAGAUUGUGGUGAGACACUUCUGAACGGUGUAAAUGCUAUCAUUCAUGGACUCAAAUACUCCCCUGGAGAUAUCCUCGAUCUCUCCUUGGUCCUCCGACGUAUCGCAUCCAUCGUCGAACAGAGCAUGGGCGGCACCUCAGGCGCGAUCUACGCCAUCUUCUUCAAUGCUGUCUCCAAUGCGAUCUCGACUAGGAAUUUUGCUAUCUCAUUCGCUGAUAGGCUGGCAUAUGCCAUAUCCCAAGCUCUCCAAGAUGGCCUUGUAGAGUUGUACAGAUACACACCCGCUCGGCAAGGCCAUCGCACACUGAUGGAUGCGUUGAUCCCUUUCGUUGCAACAUUUGCAGCAGAACAGGAUCUGGAUAAGGCGUGUGCUGCAGCUGUAGCCGGUGCGGAGAGUACACGCAGUUUGACUCCGACAUUGGGGAGGGCCAGCUAUGUAAGCAGGAAUCAUUUCGUUGCAGAGGGUGGUCUCCCGGACCCCGGCGCCAUAGGGGUUGCGAGUAUCGUGAAUGGUAUAAAGGACGGACUGUCCCAGAAUUAG